AUGAAGCCUACAUGGCUCGAUGAGCCUGUUGCUCAGCAAGGGGGCAGUUCCCGCAGAUCCAGCGCCAGUCCUUUCACCGCCGACUACACGAUCAGCCAGACCCUGCACGGCCAGUCACAUUCGGAGUCUGGCCGCCUGAGCGUAGAUGUGCCGCCGGAUUUCAUCAAUCUCAAUGCUAUCGUGUCCUCGCAGGGCACAUCGGCCAGCACGGAAGACUUUGCUCCGACACCCAAGAAGCAGAUGCGUAUAGAUAAUGAGGGGCCUUUUUCGCUCUUGUCGGGUCCGACACUUCCCUUGCCGAAUCAGACUGUGCACAAGAGAGAAACAAGAUGGAUCAGCCGGCGAUGGAGCGACAUUAUCACGUUUGGCAAGUUCGUAGGACCGGGAUUCAUGAUUGCCGUUGCGUACAUUGAUCCCGGGAACUACGCCACUGAUAUCGCCGCCGGCGCUUCCUAUCACUUUGACCUGCUAUUCAUCGUUCUAUUGAGCAACAUUGUUGCGAUAUUUCUUCAGGGUCUGGCGAUCAAACUUGGGACAAUUACAGGCCUUGACUUGGCGACCGCCUGCCGCGUCUUCCUCCCGAAAUGGAUGAAUAUCAUCGCCUACGCACUCGCCGAGAUCGCCAUCAUCGCGACUGAUAUGGCCGUGGUCAUCGGCACCGCCAUAGCUCUGCACCUCCUGAUACCAAAGUUGCCUUUGAUCGCUUGCGUCAUCCUUACCAUUGUGGAUGUCGUCUUCAUUGUCGUCUUUUACCGCCCCGACGGCUCUAUGCGCGGUCUGCGAUUGUUCGAAAUUGGCGUCUGUUUCCUUGUCCUGGGAGUCGUUGUCUGCUUCUGCAUCCAACUUUCGUUGAUUGAGAACACGACUGUCGGUCAAGUAUUCCGCGGAUACCUUCCAUCCAACUCCAUCAUCCAGACUCAGGGACUGUACCAAUCUUGUGGUAUCCUAGGCGCAACAGUCAUGCCUCACAGCCUCCACCUCGGCUCAGGCGUCGUUCAGUCCAGGCUCAAAGACUUUGACAUGAAGGAGGGCAACCUCCAGGAUCUGCCCCGUUUCGACACCAUGACUACCGUCGACAGCGACCCCAAGGUAUUCUAUUUCCCCUCCAUGGCCGCCAUCAAGCACUGUAUGAAGUUUUCCAUCGCCGAGAUCGUCAUCACCCUCUUCGUCUUCGCCCUCUUUGUAAACUCGGCUAUCCUCAUCGUGGCAGGCUCCGCGCUCUACCAGGGCCAGACCUCUCUCGCCUCCGACAUCUUUGGCAUGCACGACCUGCUCGCCAACAGCAUAUCCUCCGCCGCAGGCAUCAUCUUCGCCUUUGCUCUGCUCCUCUCGGGCGUCUCCGCGGGCUUGGUAUGCACUAUCGCGGGCCAGCUCGCCAGCGAGGGUGCGCUUAACUGGCGUAUGCGUCCGUGGCACCGGCGUCUCGCGACGCGGCUCAUCAGCGUCAUUCCGACCGUUGUCGUUGUUGCGGUCGCGGGGCAGUCCGGGCUCAGCAACGCGCUGACGGGUACGCAGGUGGUGCUGAGCACGGUGUUGCCCGUCAUCACGGCGCCGCUCAUUUACUUUACGUCGCUGAACAAGUACAUGACUGUCGUACCGGGAGCGGCGAGCUACGGGUCUGACACGGGGGUCGUGCCCGCGCGCCGAUUUAGUGCCGUGGGCGUCAAGAUGGCGAAUUCGUGGUGGAUUACGGUGAUUGCUGUGCUGCUUUGGUUGAUGAUUACGGUCAUGAAUGUGGCAAAUUUGGUUUUGUUGGUGUUGAACGCCAUCAAUUGA